ACAUCGGGCUUGGUAUUGAGAUUAACAUAAAUCGUAUCCCCUGCCAUGUGCGUCUUCAAAACACGAUAAAUAUUAUGUUGGAUGAAUAAAUAUUUUUGUGAUUCCCAGAAAAAAUAUAAGAAGUUGUCUAUAGCAGUACUAUAACCAUGCCACAAAAAGGUGCAGAUGCCUCUCUCAAGAGAGCUAUGACAAAGUCAUCAAUCACAGUAUCUACAGCAGUGAAAAAGAAAAAAGUAAUAAAAGAUGAAAACUUUCCUAGAGGUGGAAGUGUCAAGACAGAAUUGGGAAUUGACCAUGUAUCAGUGGAGAGUGUUGCUAAUCCAGAAGCAAACCUCUUUAAGGAAGUCGAGGAGGAACACAGGGCAAUACAGUCCAGAAGAAAGAGGAAGGAAGAAGCCAAGAGAGUGAAGUCUCUGGAGAAACCAAGAAAGCUUAGUGUGGUGGACACACAACCAGAGCCUCAUCAACUUACUACACAGCUACUCGCCCCAGGAAUGUUGGUUCUUGGAAGUGUAAAAGAAGUUCAUGAGUACAGCCUGGCCAUUAGUUUGCCCAAUAAUCUGUCUGGGACCGUGGCCUUGACCCAGAUUAGUCCCGGCUACACUCAACAGUUACAGCGGCUGGCCCAGGUGUCGUCGGAGGACAUAAAUUCAGAGGAAAUAGAUGUGGCAGACCUACACACAUUAUUUAAAAUCGGCAUGAUCGUACCUUGUAAAAUCCUGUCUUUACAAAACACAAAACAGUCAGGAGUCAAGGUCAGACUUAGCCUUAUUCCAGAGGACAUCAACAAGGACCUGACACCAGAGAGCCUGCACAACGGAAUGACUCUGUUUGGGAGCAUUUCCAGUGUAGAAGAUCGAGGUUAUGUAGUAGAUCUGGGAAUCAAAGGAAUAAAGGCCUUCAUGAAGAGCAUGGAUGCUGAGAAAUUUGUACAGCUUCACAAUGAAGGAUAUUCAUUAAAAGUUGGUCAGUCUGUUUGCUGUGGACUAAAGCUAGGGGAGGAUCGAAUGGAGCGGGCAGCAGGAGAAACGAGGACAGUCAAUGUCACAAUAGAUCCUUCAGAGGUCGCAACCUUACAGAUGAAGGAAGGAAGGGACGUUAAAUUUAAUUGUUUGGUGCCUGGAAUGGGGAUGAACGUCAGAGUAACAAAGGUGUGUGAUAAUGGUGGAGUAGUAGUGAAAUUCCUCACCUUCAAAGGAAGCAUCCCUCUAACACAUCUUAGUCACAGAUCCCCAGCUAAAGGGGAGCAGAUGGUAGCCAGAGUGCUCUACAUUCACCCCACUACAAAGGCAGUGGUCCUGACAACACUGCCCCACAUUGUGGUUUAUGGGGGGUUUCCCCUGAACUCCUCACUGGCGGAGUAUGACAAGGGGGAUACUCUGGAGGCAGCCAAGGUCCUCUACACAGAACUCAAGAGAGGGGUGUAUUUCACGCUGGAGAACGGAGUUACUGCCCUUGCCAGACCAAAGAACUUGUCGGAUGAAAAAGUUAAUAAUAUGAAAACUCAGUUUAAGCGUGGGACCGUUCAUAGGUGUCGUGUGUUAGGUGUCGACUGGGUGGACAAUGUCGUUCAUGUUGGCUUGAAAAAGAGUAUGUUUGCAGAGUCUUUCAUAAGUUUAAAAAGUCUACACCCGGGAGAUUUAUUUGAGUGUGAGGUUGUGAAAUUAAAAGAGAAGGGAGUCAUCGUGAAAUCUGGCAAUAUAUCAGGAAUCAUUCCCAGUAUGCACAUGGCAGACGUUCCAUUAAGAAAGCCUGAAAAGAAGUUCAUCCCGGGUCAUAAGAUGCAUUGCAGGGUUCUGAUGAAUGAUUUGAAGAAGAAAAGCCUCAUUUUGACAGCCAAGAAAUCAUUGAUCCACACCCACCUUCCUCUGUUGACCGACUACUCACAGCUGCAGAAGGGUCUGGAAACCGAGGGUUACAUUGCAAAAACUUACAGUAAAGGAGUCCUUGUUGGAUUCUAUGGAAAUAUUAAAGGUUUUGUACCAAGGAGAGAAUUAAGCACUGAAGAGAUUUCCCAUCCAGAGAAAGUGUUUUAUAUCGGCCAAGUGGUCAAGUGUCGGGUACUAGAUUGGAAUACUGACAGGGGAACAAUAACUCUUUCUUUCAAGUCAGAUGACUGGGAACAGCAUGGAUCGAAAUUGGCCAAUGUGCCAGAAGACUUUCAAAUUGGCAAGUGCGUGGAGUGUAAGGUGACAGGAAAAAGUAAAUCUGGAUUGGAUGUUGUCAUAGGCCUCACAGGAGUAACAGCAUUUUUACCCAGAAUCCACCUGUCCGAUUCCUUAGCAACCUGUGACCUUCAGCUGGAAGCUAUUAAGCCAGGCAAUGUUCUUAGAAACUGUGUUUACCUCAGUCGAACUAGUUUACUGAUACUAAGUAGAAGAAAAUCAAUUGUGGAUUACUGCAGGGAGAAUGCUGUUGUUACAAACGUCCCAGAUAUGAAGGAUGGGAUGUUGAUUCCGGGAUCAGUAAAGUCUAUUCACCCUCGCUUUGGGAUCUACGUUGAAUUACAAGCAGGCUUGGUGGGACUAGCUCCAAACCGAUUUGUGUCAGACAGACAAUGGCAUAAAGCCAAGGAACAGUAUCACAUUGGUCAAGCAGUAGUCGCUAGAAUUUUACAAACCGUCCCAGAGGAAAACAAAUUUCUUGUGUCUCUGAGGAUGAAGGAGUGUUACCAAGGAAAAACAGAUGUUCAUACUGUAGAGGAUUAUCUAUCAGCAUUAGACUGUGUGUGUAAAGGUGAAAAGUCCCUAUUACCAUCAGGCAUUGAAAUCGGUGGAUUCUACACAGCAUCGUUUGUUGGUAGAAGUGACGAGAAAGUUAUAUAUAAACUGACAGACCAUGACAUCUCUGCUGCUUCUCCUGUAGAUCUGUUGGAUGAUGAAGAUGAACAUGAUGAGAGAAAUUUAGUGGAUGUCACUAUUCUGAACUUCAAUAUCAGGGACCAUAGUGUUGAUGUUGUUUCCAACAGAAAGAUCGUGGAAUCUAUGAAAGAAAAAUCACACAAUGCUGUCAAGGUUAACCUGAAAGUGAAAGGAAGUAUUCUGCUGAUUCAUGACGAGGUCACUGUGGUGAUUCUGCAGGGACCCUUUAAGGGACAGCUGGCACACGUUCCCACAAGGAUGCAUUUGAAUGAUGUCCCGAGCUCUAGCUUCUCUGUGGGACAACAAAUAAGUAUUUCUAUUAAAAAAAUUGUUCAUGGACAUAUUUUGGGUGUCCCAGACUACCCAGCCCACAAGCAGACAUGGACAGAUACACAGACGUUGGAUAGUUUAGACCGUGGGAAACGAAAGUUUAACCUUGAACCAGGAAGUGUGGUUGAAGGUCGUCUUCAGAAGCUUAAGAAGCUUUCAGGGAUUUUAGUGAAUUUAGUGGGUGGAACCAAAGGAAUUGUGUGUUUGACGGACCUGUCUGAUGAGUAUCAAAAUGAGCCUCUUUCUGACUUUCAACAUGGCCAGCAUUUGAAAUGUUAUGUGAUAAAUCUAGGACCUAAACAAACCUAUCAGCUGUCAUUGAGGAAAUCGAGGUUGACCAGUGAUAAGUCAGAUGUCAAAGACCCAGAAAUUGUAGGAGUGAAGUCCUUAAAAGUUGGACAAGUGGUUAGAGGAUAUAUUGUUAAAAAGGCCAGCUCAGAGCUCCUAGUGAGGAUAGGCAGAGAUCUGUUCGGGAAGAUGGAAGGAGCUGACUUUUCACACAUUGACAGGAAAACCAAAAGGCUUUUGUUUCAUGGCAAAAUAGUGAUAUCUGCAGAGGUGAUAGGCUUGGAAGCCAACAUAGUUCAGUUGAAAUUUCUCUCACAUCAAAAGAGAGAAAACGUUAGGAUGAUAAAGAGACAGCUGAGUGUUGAAUCUGUGAAUAGUGAGGAUUCUAAAAAACGGAAAACGGAAGAAAAUUCACACAGUAGUGCUGGUGAAACUGUUGAGGUCUCGAAAAAUGCAGAAUGCUCGAAAAAACAAUCAACUCUAAAGAGAAAGAAAAAAUGUGCUGAUAGAAAUAAAAAUCAAACUGAAGAUUUGCCAAGGAAAAUAACUGAGGGUCCACGCGGUCAAACUGAGCUUCCAAGUCUUAAGAUUGAUCAUGCCUUCUCCUGGGAUGCAGACCUGACAAUACCAACCACAGAGAGAACUGAAAACAGUAGUGAUGAAUCGGACACAGAAGAGUCUAAGAAGCCCAAGAAAAGCAAGAAAGAUAUAAAAAGGGAAGAAAGUAUGCUCUUUGAGUUUGAGAAGAAACAGUUGGAGGGAAUUAUGCAGCCGGAGAAGGUGGAGGAUUUUGACAGACUGGUGCUACAGUCGCCGGACAGCUCCCUCGUAUGGAUCCGAUACAUGGCGCAUCAUCUAGAAGGCUCAGAGAUAGAAAAGGCUCAGGCAGUGGCUGAGAGAGCUCUCAAGACCAUCUCAUUCAGAGAGGAACAGGAGAGAUUGAAUGUGUGGGUGGCCUAUCUAAACUUGGAGAAUAUGUAUGGGACACCUGCUCAUCUACAGAAUGUUCUGGAAAGAGCCGUCCAACAGAAUGAACCCCUGAACGUUUACCAACAGCUAGUCAACAUCUACAUCAAGUCAGGCAAACUGGAGGAGGCGGAGCAGCUCUACAACAAGAUGGUCAAAAAACACAGUGCCAAUAAAUCCGUCUGGCUGGGAUUUGGGGAGUUUUUCUUCAGAAAUGGACGAAUGGAGUCAGCUAGAAAACUUCUCCAGAGAAGUUUGAACUCAUUGGAGAAAAGGGAUCAUGUGGACACCAUUGCCAAGUUUGCACAGAUGGAGUUUAAAAAUGGUGAUGCUGAGAGAGGGAAGACGAUGUUUGAGAAUAUCCUUGUAAAUUACCCCAGGAGAACAGACUUAUGGUCAGUCUAUGUGGACAUGGUAGUCAAAGUGGGGGAUAUUGAAGGAGCCAGGUUGCUGUUUGAAAGAGUUAUCAACCUUAAUAUGGCAAUGAAGAAAAUGAAAUUCUUUUUCAAGAAGUUUUUGGACUUUGAAGAAAAACAUGGCGAUGAAUCCACUGUGGCAUCUGUGAAACAAAAAGCACAAGAUUAUGUGGACUCUCACUAAGCAUGCUUGGAUACUCACUAAGCAUGCUGGGAUACAUAGACAAGAGUAUGUGGACUCUCACUAAGCAUGCUGGGAUACAUAGACAAGCUUAUGUGGACUCUCACUAAGCAUGCUGGGAUACAUAGACAAGCUUAUGUGGACUCUCACUAAGCAUGCUGGGAAACAUAGACAAGAUUAUGUGAACUCUCACUAAGCAUGCUGGGAUACAUGGACAUGAUUAUGUGGACUCUCACUAAGCAUGCUGGGAUACAUAGAGUUUGUUAUUGGAACUAUUCCUAUGCUGGUGGUGCUGAGAAGAUCCAUCUAUGGAUGAAUUCAAUGUUUAUUACUGUAUGAGAGUGACAUUUGCUGAAGUAAUAAAUUAUAUGGGGUGGGGGGAUAAUAUUAAACACUUAUAUUUAUGUUGAAUUACAUGGGAUUUUUAGAAAAUAUGUUUGUAUUUUAAUUUCUUCAAUUUGAUUGUAUUGGCAUUAUGAUGUAAGCAUUAUUUUUAGUGCAUCAUCGUGGUGUGCAUCUGUCUAGAUGACCCCCAUUUUCAGAGAAUACAUAAAUUUCAUUAUGACAA